AUUUUUAUUUUUCUGUUCGUAUAUUGUAAGAGAAGGUCAUGUCGGAAUGGUCUCUGCUGCCAGGGGACGUAUUGGAGGUGAUAGCGAAACGACUAUCGACCUACUUUGAUGUCCUUCGAUUUCGAGCCGUCUGUUCUUCAUGGCGAUCGGCUGUUCCGCAAAGUCCUCGCCGAUUGCCUUGCCGUUUCCCAAUUGUGACCAACGAGGGGUUCGUCGAAACCACCUGCGGUUUCUACCUCUCCAAGCGCACGAUUUAUCGUCUCGGAUUGCCGGAGGAUCGUAUUCGGACCUGCAUCGGCUCCAGCGAAGCUUCCGAUGGGUGGCUGAUUAAGGUCGAAGAAGAUGUUCCCGACAUGAUGCAUCUCUUGAAUCCUCUCACCGAGACCCAAAUCAAGCCCUUACCGUCCAUGUUCCCCAACGUAUUGGAUUUAUCGGAUCUCCGUAUCUCUGAAUUAGGUCAAGAAUAUGUUCUUCAGUACAUUACUUACCGUCCCUUUGCCAAUUCCUACCGUCCCUUUGCCCAUUCCUUCGUCGACGCUAGUAAUUUGUAUAUGGAGAAAAUCGCCUUUUCGUCUUCGAAUUCUUCUUCGCCUGCAGACGACAACGAUAAUUUUACCCUCUUAACGAUUCACGUUUCUGGGAAAUUAGCCAUGUUUAAGUCGGGAGACGAGAAAUGGACGAUCAUAGAAGACCAACACUCUCCCUAUGACGACGUGAUAUGCUUCAAGGGAAAUUUCUAUGCGGUUGAUAGCAUUGGAAGGACUGUCAUUGUUGAGCAUUCUGAAACUGUGACCUUAACUGCAGUCCAUGCAUUUGGCGGUGACAAGAAGUAUUUGGUGGAAUCCGAGGGGGAUUUACUAUUGGUUGAUCUGUACCUCAGCAUGGGCCAUGGAGACGAUCCACGUUUCGAAAACAUCAACAUCGAUGAUGAUUUCUAUGAACGUUUUGAUUCCUACAUUGUUGAGAAAACAGUCCGCUUUAAAGUUUUCAAGCUCUAUGAAGAUAGGCAGAAGUGGGUUGAACUGCAAUCCUUGGGUGACCGCCUGUUGUUCUUGGGCGACAAUUGCUCGUUUUCUGCCUCGGCCUGUGAUUUCCCUGGUUGUAAAAGGAGCCACAUCUACUUUACCGACGCCUUUAACUGCUCAAAUGGUGAGGAUGAUUAUGGAUUCAAGGAUAUAGGAGUAUUCAACUUGGAGGAUGAUUGCAUCGGACCUUUAGCUUCUUAUCCAGACUAUUCCAAGUUAUUUUGGCCUCCUCCAUCUUGGGUUGCGGCCCCCAGUGCAGGAACAAAUGCACAACCAGCUUGAAGAUCAAACCUUGUGAAGUGAGGUGAUUGCAGUGAGCCUGAAGGGUUUGUGUGGAUGGGAGAUCUCUGAGGGUUAUACCUGCAAAUAUAUCAAGUCCACAGGGAAGCAUCAGUAAAUGGCUUAGGAUUGAUCACUGGUUGUGGAAAAAUCUGCUCCCUUUCUGAAUAAGCAUAUGCCCUGUCUACUGGCUUUUUGGAAGCAAGGGACAUCAAAGUUUCAAAUAUGGGAUGCCUAGGAGGUAAUGCACAUAUACCAAGGGAAAACUUGAUCAAUAGAUAUUCUCACUGCCUAUCCAGUUGAUUGUUUCUGGUGUCAUUGGCAAUUAUGUUAUUUGACUUUGUGAUGUUCAUGAAUUAAUAUGAGAUUUCUGGGUUAUGGUCUAA